UUAUACAAAAUUAAAAUGGCCAAGAAUGUGAGUUUGGCUUCAAUGGAUCAAAAACUAGCUAUGGCUAAGCGUUGCUCUCAUGAAGGAGUAGUUGCAGGAGCAAAAGCAGCAGUUGUUGCAUCUGUUGCCACUGCCAUUCCAACAUUUGCUAUUGGGAAGAUGUUACCAUGGGCAAGAACCUAUCUGAAUCCAACUGCUAAAGCUCUUAUUGUCUCAACAGCUGCUGGAAUGGCAUAUUUUGUUGUAGCUGACAAAACUAUUCUCAAAACAGCAAGGCAAAACUCCUUCAAACAGGCCUAA